GAGACACAGGCUCAGAGGAAGCAGCGAUUACUAGAUCGCUAAGCAGAAGCUGCUGGUGUUGAGCAAGCUGGGAUAUUAUCUAGAACACAGACCAGCAAUUUUGGUUGCACUUUCAGCCUACAGAAUGAUGACCAAGUUAAGUUAUGUACGACAGUUAGCUUCUUUGACCGUGACCCCCUCUUGUUCCAGUUUGUCCUCCCUCCCCUGUUUCUCUCUUCUGCGCCCCUCCCAUCCAUAUGAUGCUGUGGGCUCAGAACACCGUGACCUGUUUACAACACCAGAGUCCUUACUCCUCGGUUACGUGUUUGCUGAAUGAAAACAGAAUGGAAUGAACCAUUUGGAGAGAACAACACACCAAGGCUCCCUGCACUGGCUGCUCUGCGAAUCCAGCUGGGAGGCGAGCCCUAGGAGGUAAGCAAGACCAGAUCGGAUGGGUGAGUGAUGCCAGGAGGGGGGGCCUGCCUGCACUUCAGGAGGGGCAUGGGAGGGGAGGGGGCGGCUCGGAAACUAGUUCCAUCUGAGCACACACACUUGGUCACAGAACAAGAUAAGAUGCUACCUGGUGAGCUUAGCCCUGAGCGCAUUUGCAACGGCUUGUGCUGAAAAGCGUUCUGAAAGCCCUAAGGGAAGACGUCAGCGUUCAAGGAAAGCCAAAGCCACUUGAGAGGGAGGGAAAGCCCAAAGCAAGUGCUCCAUCUUAUCUGUUCCAAGACUCUCACUGUCCUCCCCGUCCCUGACUCCAAAACGAAGCCACUGGGGCACCCAGGCAACAUGGCAAGCAAACGAAAAUCCACAACCCCGUGCAUGGUCCGGACAUCCCAAGUGGUAGAACAAAACGUAGCCGAGGAUACAGACAGGGCCAAAGAGAAAGGAAUGGGCGCAGCCCAGUCUGACGGAGCCAAGGACAGGUGGGCAGCAGAUCCUGAAAACUCUGCCAAAGACACGGAGCUAAUGGAGGUGAAACCCACAGGGGAAAACCCAUCCAAAAAGCUCCAGGGGGGGUACGAGUGCAAAUACUGCCCCUACUCCACCCAAAACCUGAACGAGUUCACGGAGCACGUGGACAUGCAACACCCCAACGUCAUCCUCAACCCCCUGUACGUGUGUGCUGAGUGCAACUUCACCACCAAAAAGUACGACUCCUUGUCGGAGCACAACUCCAAGUUCCACCCCGGGGAGGCCAACUUCAAGUUGAAGUUAAUCAAGCGCAAUAAUCAAACGGUCUUGGAGCAGUCCAUCGAAGCCGCCAAUCACGUCGUGACCGUUGUCACCUGUGGCCCCGGAAGUGGGGAGAGCGAUCCCGGGAUCCCCGUGAGCAAAACCCCCAUCAUGAAGACAGGGAAACCGAAAGCUGAUGCCAAGAAGGCGCCGAAAAAGCCUGAAGAGGCCGCCCCCGAAAACCACAAGGAAGGCACGGCCCGCCUGGUGACGGACGCCGCGGAGAUCCUGUCCCGACUCGGGGGCGUCGAGCUCCUCCAAGACUCCUUGGGACACGUCAUGCCUUCUGUACAGCUGCCACCAAAUAUCAACCUUGUCCCCAAGGUCCCCGUCCCGCUGAAUACUACCAAAUACAACUCCGCCCUGGACACCAACGCCACCAUGAUCAAUUCCUUCAACAAGUUUCCUUACCCGACCCAGGCUGAGCUGUCCUGGCUGACCGCCGCCUCCAAGCACCCAGAGGAGCACAUCCGAAUCUGGUUCGCCACCCAGCGCCUAAAGCAUGGCAUCAGCUGGUCCCCGGAGGAGGUGGAGGAGGCCCGGAAGAAGAUGUUUAACGGAACCAUCCAAUCUGUACCCCCCACCAUCACUGUGCUCCCUGCCCAGCUGGCCCCCACAAAGAUGUCACAGCCCAUCCUCCAGACUGCCCUCCCCUGCCAGAUCCUUGGCCAGACCAGCCUGGUGCUGACCCAAGUGACCAGCGGGCCGACCACGGUCUCCUGCUCGCCCAUCACACUCGCCGUGGCCGGAGUGACCAACCACGGGCAAAAGAGACCUCUGGUGACGCCCCAGGCUGCCCCCGAGCCCAAGCGUCCACACAUUGCGCAGGUGCCAGAGCCUCCCCCCAAGGUGGCCAACACCCCUCUCCCCCCAGCCAGUGACCGCAAGAAGACCAAGUUGCAGAUUGCACACCUCAAGGCCAGCUUCCUCCAGAGCCAGUUCCCCGACGACGCCGAGGUCUACCGGCUCAUCGAGGUCACCGGCCUGGCCAGGAGUGAGAUCAAGAAGUGGUUCAGCGACCACCGGUACCGAUGUCAGCGAGGCAUCGUCCACAUCACCAGCGAGUCCCUUGCCAAAGACCAGGUGGCCGUCUCCACCCCCCGGCACGGCCGUACCUACCAUGCCUACCCGGACUUUGCCCCCCAGAAGUUCAAAGAGAAGACGCAAGGCCAGGUGAAAAUCCUGGAAGACAGCUUUUUGAAAAGCUCUUUUCCGACUCAAGCAGAAUUGGAUCGGCUAAGGACAGAGACCAAGCUGAGCCGGAGAGAGAUUGAUUCUUGGUUCUCGGAGAGACGGAAGCUCCGAGACAGCAUGGAGCAGGCGGUCCUGGAUUCCAUGGGAUCUAGCAAGAAAGCCCCGGAUGUGCUCACUGCCAACGGUGCUCUGCCUCGACUUGACCAGCUCUCCGCCUCCCUGCCCAGCCCUUCACCAGCAGUCACCCAGAGCCAGGAGCAGGUUCAUCUCCUGAGAAGCACCUUCGCCAGAACGCAGUGGCCCACUCCGCAGGAGUAUGACCAGCUGGCGGCCAAGACUGGCCUGGUCCGGACUGAGAUCGUGCGCUGGUUCAAGGAGAACAGAUGCUUGCUAAAGACUGGAGCCUUGAAGUGGAUGGAACACUAUCCACAGCCACGCAGUGCCGAGGAGUCCGGCUACGAGGCCGUGGCCAGGAAAGUCACAAAACCCAUCAGUGAGAGCCCAAAGAACGGGAGCGAGGUGGCGCCGCAGUAUCACCAAGACCCCAAAACGCUCUGCGAAGAAGACUCGGAAAAGCCCGUCCCCCGAGCAAGAGCCGCCGGCGAGCCUGCCAAGGACAGUUUCCCAGCCAAGCCCUCGGGGGCCGGCUCCGACAGGUCCGAGGGCAGCAGCCGGGACGGGCCGGGCAGUGAGGAGCACGAGGAGUCGGGCAUUGUGGACUUUGUCGAGGUGACGGUGGGAGAGGAGGACGCCACCUCCACCAAGUCAGAUAGCUGGAGUCAGGCGGCAGAACUGGCCGACUCGGACUCAGACGGCGCUCCUGUCGAGGCUAGCCAGGCCUAGCCAGGGUCCUUGGCUGGAACUUUGCUGAUAAAGGGGAUGCUCUGACCUUGAAGAGACCUUUCUCACGUGGGCCACCUCGCCGGCGACUCCAAGUGCAACUUCUUCACUUGUGUGUGCCUGGAGGGCACAGGGGUCCCCCAGCCGCCCCCCCAGCCGCUCCCCACAGAUGUCCCAGAGGACCCGUGGGAAUUGUUCAUAGUGCCAAAGUCCUACUACUGCAUUUUCAAUGGGCCCUUGUACAUAGUUUGCUCCUCUGCCCUGCCCCCCCCCACCCUCUUGCUAUACUGGAACUGAUUUGUACCAUGUGGGAAUUUUGUUACCUUUUUAAUUGAGGGCAACUUCCUUUUUAAGGCACUACUAUUGUAAGAGUUUUUUCCAGGUGGGAGAGCUAACCACAUUGCUUUUCCCUUUCCACUGUUUUUUGGUGUUUUUUUUUUUCUCUCUCUCUCUCUCUCUUAUUAAUUUAGGGGAGUAUUAGUAGUAAUGCCAUUCUAGGUACUGGAUUUUAGGUAGGGACGCUUUCUUUUUGAAGGUGGUUUGAAACUUGGACACUUUUCUUGGUGGGAAGGGCUGCAGUUGGACCUCUGUCUCAACUUGAAAUAGGUUUAUAGAUGGCGGAUCUUCCGAGUCAAACCCAUUUCCCCCAGCUACCUUUGGGGAAAGCCUGCCUUAGCCACACACGGGCUUUCCGAACUGCUGAGAGGUAGGAAUCUGACUGCUUUUUUUUUUUCCUUUUUUCUUUUUUCUUUUGCAAGUCCUGGGGCUUAAACUCAGGGCCUGAGCACUGUCUCUGAGGGUUGUGUUUUAUGUUUUGCUCAAGG